UGUGUUUGUGUGUGUGUGUGUGUGUGUGUGUGUGUGUGUGUGUGUGUGUGUGUGUGUGUGUGUGUGUGUGUGUCUGUGUGUGUGCAUGUGUCAGUGAGAGAGACAUAUUUUGAGGAUGAAAACAGUAGAAACAUGUCGCCUCGGCCUCGCUCUGACGUGCACAGGCCGAGCGUUUGAGAGCUGCACUUCAUACCUUAGUGGCUGUGCUAUCAGUGUUUGCUCUGGACAUAGUUCAAAGCAGCGAGGCUGUGACAGAAAUGUGUCCACAGAAUAAAAGAACUGAAGAUUGGAAGUGUUUAAAGAUUAGAGCCAGUAGGGGGGGGGGGGGGGGGGCUAGGUUACCUGGACCUCGAUUUAAUCGAAACCCGUAUCUCUCCUUCCGGCUUCCUUUUUCGUUGUAUCUUCUUCUGUCACUCUUUCUUGUCAUCUUCCAGUGAAACUGGGGUUUCCAUCUCCCGACAUCUCUCCCUCUCCUUGAGGUGAUAAGUGAGUGGCUCUGGACCAAGUCUGGCAAACGUCCCGACAUCCAUUACAGUGUUAGAAAAUAGACGAGCAAACAUCACCGCCCACCCACUGACGCAAACGCAUGUUUUCCACACUUUGACUUAUCAGGUAGUUCUCCUCAUUCCACCAGGCACACAUUGAGAGCCCGUGAGUUCACAGAGGACACGGAGCACUGUGACUCUGUCGACAAGGACUGUGUACAACACAAACACUUGAACAGUUUGGAUCAAAGAUUGAAGUAUUUCAUGAGAAAAAUGUACGUUACAAACAAGUCUUUUUACAUAUUCACGGAUUUUUAUUGUUUUCAAUAUACUCUGGUCAUAUUUGAGUGAACAGCUGUCACCCUCCAGACCUACUCUGUGCAAGAUUUCCAUUUCACAUACCAAUUAUAUCAUAUAGAAAUAUAUCACGUGUAUUGUUCUAAAGCUUUUUCAAAUUCAUACAAAGCAGGGACUAUAAAGGAACUAAUACAUAAUUGUGAAGUUGUAUUAAUUCAUAUUCAAAUAUAUAAACUUAGACUAUAAAAGUCUUGAAGAAGGACUAACACAAUCUUUAUCUUAAAGAUCAAAAGCUGAAUUUAUGAGUGAUUAAACUUACACCUGCUCAACUCAAUUCAAGCAUACAAUAACUUUUUCCUGUUUUAAUUUAAUUUACUUUUAUUUUCCAGCUCAUGAGAGUUUAUCCAGUAAUACUUUGGAGACAGUUCAUCACUAUAAUCUAUCAUUUAAUCUAAUGUAUUAAUCCAAAAGGAAGCACAAAGGCCACAUUUAAUCUGUAGACAGCUCAUGAAUCAUAGGCACAAGAAUUUAUCAAGGAUAUUUUUUUCUUUUUUUAACCAGAUGUUGUAGCUUGACAGUUUCAAAGUUACAGGUAUAAAACUAAAGAGGUCCGUAUUGUUAGAUGUAUUAAUAGCUUUGCAAUAUGUCAACGUGUAGAAAAAAAAAAUGUAUGACCACCUGUGUUUCUCCUCUCAGUCCACUAGGUGUCACCCCAGCCAUAGAAGAUGGUAUCAAGGCCAGGGUGAUGACAUGGACCACUAUGAAUCAGCCUCUCUCACAGGAAGCUGAUCCUCAGACCUCUGUGGCAGCAUUUGUCAAGAAACAAAGGAUGAUCAACCAGAUUGUUGCGAGAGUUUCUGGAUAAAUUAUUGACAAGAGUGCGAUAACUGGUGGAGCUGAGUGACGGGAGAGUUGAAAGCCAUGGUUUGUAGAGUCAAGGCCAAACAGGAGCAUACAGCAGUGAAGUAAAUUAGUGUCUAGGACAGAAGAGACGGGGGUUCACACAUGGACGGGAACUUGAGUCCUGUAUGACCAUGGAGGCACUGAGACAACUCUACAUAUGGCAGCACAGAAACCCUCUGAGUGAAGGUUAUGUAUGAGCUUUAGGCCUAUCAUGGGAAUUCCUCCUCUGUGAAAAGUACCACCUCUUAUCUUAUGUCAAGCUGAGAAGAAAACCCAAAGCUCUGGGCAUGACGUCAUCUCAGCGUCUCCAGUGAAGCUCCAGCUAUGUGGUCCAAGGUGGUGCUGGGCAUCACCCUGUCCCUCCUCAUCCUCCUGACUGUCAGUGGGAACGUGCUGGUGUGCCUGGCCGUCUGCGCCUCCCGCCGCCUCCGCUCCCUCACCAACUGCUUCAUCGUGUCGCUGGCUGUGACCGACCUGCUGCUCGGCGUCCUGGUCCUCCCCUUCUCCGCCCUGCUCCAGCUCAACGACGAGUGGCCGCUCGGCCCCGUCCUCUGCAACUUCUACAUCUCCAUGGACGUCAUGCUGUGCACCGCCUCCAUCCUCACGCUCCUGGCCAUCAGCGUGGACCGCUACCUGGCCGUGACCAUGCCUCUCAGGCACGCCUCGCUGGUGUUGCCUUGGAGAGUCGGGGUGGCCAUGGCCAGUGUGUGGACGGUGUCCGUGGCCGUGUCCUUCUUGCCCAUUCACAUGGGCUGGAACACGGUUAAUGGGACCGUGCAGAACCGUGGGCCCUGGGCUGCGGAGAACAAAUGUCGCUUCGAGCUGAACAGGCCCUACGCACUGACUGACUCUCUUCUCACGUUCUUCCUGCCUCUGGUGGCUAUGUGCUGGACCUACCUCCAAAUACUCCGCAUUGCACGGGCACAGGCCAAGCGCAUCAUCAGUGCCCGGCCCACUUGGAUCACCCACUACAACAGCAGGAACAAUUCCUCCAGCAGCAGCACAGUGGUGUCCAGUGUUACGGCGGUGGCUCUGCGGGAACACAAGGCCACAGUGACGCUGGCUGUGGUCAUAGGGGCUUUCGUUGUGUGCUGGCUGCCUUAUUUCAUCCUGUUCACAGUGCUGGGCCUAAAGGAGCACCCAGACCCGAGCUCCGUCUCAGCAUAUUCCCCUGUGUUGUGGCUGGGUUACACCAACUCAGCCCUCAACCCUAUCCUCUACGGAGCCCUCAACAGGGACUUCAGGUCAGCAUAUGCCCACCUACUGAGAUGUCGAUGCCCUAUUUACAGUGGAUGGAGGAGCCGCCAGCCGUCUCCCACUAUCACAGCAGGCAGGGAGCAGCUCACAGAGGUGACGCUGCUGUGCGGCCACACUCCCUCCGCGUGCGGAGCAGUUCUAACCGAUCAAAGCUUCAUGCUUCAAGAAAUGAACAGCAGGACAAACACAGCUACUAUCCAGAUUGCAAAUGGCACUACUGCCACAGAUGUCAAUGGCAAAGAAAGGUCGUGCUGAGCCUGUGCUGGUGAGGUGGAUGCUGUGGUUAAUACACAGAACCAGAGGAUAAAAAAAACAAAACACCAAACAGACACAAGGACGGCCCAAGAGACGAUUUACAGCCCCACUAUUUGGAAGCUUUCAGUGCCACAGCAGAAGAGCACAACACAGCCAGUCACUGUGGCCACACCGUAGCAAACCAAAGCAUGAGAGAAUCGGGCGCCAGCAGCUCCACACCUCAUUGGAAAGAAUCAGCGGCUCAGAUCCGUCCAGGACCGGAGGAAGCGAGAUGCUUCGACGUGGAUCAGACACAUACUCCACUGCAUCCGACCAAGCCUGACACGCACCUGAAUCACUGUGGCUAGUGUUUCAGCCCGGGAAGACUGAGACCAGAUCAGUUGACUCGCCGCUCAUCAAUCUCAUGAACUACAAUUAGUUUAACUGACUCAAGACUGCUCCCCAGUGGAAACACAAAGCAUCACAGCGUUGACAAAGCAAACUUCUAAUUAAACAAAUGGGUGUCUCACAAAAUCAGAUGAUGGAAAGGGAGGACGUGAUGAAUGGACCUUUUUAAUGUGUUUAAAAUGUAUGACAUUUAAAUGAGAAGGAAUAUGUCAGGCUAAUGCCAUGCGUCGGUUUUGAAGAACGCAGCUGCCUCCAGAGUUUGACUUUACUGUUGCUCAUUCAAUGACAUGAAGCUGCAAAUGUACUGUAUAUAAUGUAUCAUCCUAUAAAAUGUCUGAGACUUGAAACGUUCCUCGAAAAAUGUCCAUAUUGUACAAAUAAAGAGCAGCUUACACGGGGAAUGUAACAUUUGCAGCCAGGUUAUGAAGGUAUUAAAG